UCAUUGCUGCUAUUAACUCACAUUUCGCUUUCUUUAUCCUUUUCAUAUACAUGCCUUCUUCAAACUCAUUUUCAUUACCUUAGUUCAAAUGUAACACAAACAUUUCAAAGUUUAUUACUAGUUUUUCUCACAUUUCACUGGGCAAGAUAAACAUAAGUCCAAUCUCCGUAUUCAUAUAUUUGUUACAUUGGGUGAAGAGGAGCAAAGAGAGUGAUGGCUGGGGCAUUCAAAAAGUGCAUGAUGCUGUGUUGUCCCAGCAAGAUUGUCUCGAAAGAAGACAUGGCUGCAGAAUCGUACGAUGAAACUAUCGCAUCGCUGACCAAACUUCUCCAGGAGAAAGCUGAGCUAGGCAGCAUCGCCGCCAUUAAGAUCAGGGAGCUCACGGCGGAGUUAGAGGCCACCGCUGCUAAACCGUUUAACCCGGAUGACAGGAUCCGAUCCGGCUUCAUCCAAUUCAAAACUGAGAAAUUCGAGAAAAAUCCUGAUCUGUACGGUGAACUUGCCAAAGGCCAGAGCCCAAAGUUUAUGGUGUUUGCUUGCUCAGAUUCAAGAGUUUGUCCCUCCCACAUUUUGGAUUUCCAACCAGGUGAAGCUUUUGUGGUCAGAAACAUUGCCAACAUGGUUCCACCAUAUGACAAGACCAAGUAUUCGGGAGCAGGGGCGGCCAUUGAAUAUGCUGUGUUACAUUUAAAGGUGGAGAAUAUUGUAGUAAUUGGACACAGCUGCUGUGGAGGUAUCAAGGGCCUCAUGUCUAUCCCAGAUGAUGGGACCACCGCAAGUGAUUUCAUAGAAAAUUGGGUUCAAAUAUGUAAUCCAGCAAGGUCCAAGACUAAAACAGAUAGCAGCUUAAGCUUCGCUGAGCAGUGUACAAACUGUGAAAAGGAAGCUGUGAAUGUAUCUCUUGGGAAUUUAUUGACUUAUUCAUUUGUGAGAGAAGCUGUUUUGAAGAAAACCCUUGCUUUGAAAGGAGCACAUUACAAUUUUGUUAAUGGCACUUUUGAGCUUUGGGAUUUGAACUACAAUGUUUUGCCCUCUGUGGCCAUUUAAGGGUCUCUCUCCAACAAGAAAGUAAAGUUGCAGUACAUAUCAUGAACUAGUCUUUGGAAGAGUAUUUUGUCGGUGGUAAUUGGUAAACCACCAAUAAAGAAACAUGCAUUCAGCAGUAAUAAUGUUUUGUCAACAAACAAUGAUAAAUAAAGUAUUUUUGUUUUCUGUCCGCA